UCUCAAUGACGCGUGGGUCUAGAAACCUAACAGCGCGUCGCGGUCCCAUCUGCCAUAGACCCACUCAAAACCCCACACCACACGACUACUCCCCGUCUGGUCGUCCAUGGAGGAAAAAAAACCCGGUCGAGCAGAUUCCUUGUGUUGCUGUAGCCUGUAGUACCCCGUCCAACCCCGCAGCGGCGGCAACCACUGCCCGUAAAUUCCAUUCCACCGCGUCCGGCUUUCCUCACCGCGCGACCAUUCGCCAUUCCCUCCGCUCGAAUCGGCAAGCCCCCAUUUCGAGUCCCGGAGGCGGCCGCGAACCCUAACUCUACAGGGAGGCCUCGCCGGCGAGGAGUGGGGGCUCCGUUGGCCAUGUCGAUCGACUCGGACAGCUCGUCGCAGAGCGGCGCCGACUACAGGAGCUUCCGCCAGAUAACCCGAGACCGUUUGUUAGUUGAGAUGCUGAGAUCGACUCGGAAGAGUUCAAAAUCAACAUGGAAGGUUCUAAUCAUGGACAAACUUACGGUCAAGAUAAUGUCAUUUUCAUGCAAGAUGGCAGAUAUCACAGAAGAAGGGGUUUCAUUGGUUGAAGACCUAUACAAACGGAGGCAGCCAUUGCCUUCAAUGGAUGCAAUUUAUUUCAUGCAGCCUACUAAAGAAAAUGUUCGCAUAUUCAUGUCUGACAUGUCAGGAAAAAAUUCACUGUACAAGAAAGCUUAUGUUUUUUUCAGUUCUCCCGUACAGAGGGAAUUGGUAGCUCAUAUAAAAAAGGAUUCGACUGUACUAACUCGCAUCAGUGCACUCAGUGAGAUGAACUUGGAAUACUUUGCUAUUGAUAGUCAGGGAUUCAUAACUGACCAUGACAAGGCCUUGGAGGAGUUGUUUAGUGAAGAUGCAGAAGGCUCACACAAAUACAAUGCAUGCCUUAACACAAUGGCUACAAGAAUUGCUACAGUGUUUGCAUCAUUGAGGGAAUUUCCUCGUGUGCACUACCGUGUAGCCAGGACAAUCGAUGCAUCUACUCUGACGACACUACGAGAUUUGGUCCCAACAAAGCUUGCUGCUUCUGUGUGGAAUUCCCUUGCCAGAUAUAAGUCGACGAUACCUGAAUUUCCACAAACAGAAACAUGUGAACUACUUAUUGUUGACCGAUCAAUAGAUCAGAUUGCACCAAUUAUUCAUGAGUGGACAUAUGAUGCUAUGUGCCAUGAUCUACUGUAUAUGGAUGGCAACAAGUAUGUGCAAGAGGUUCCAAGUAAGAAUGGUUCAGCAAAUGAGAAAAAGGAGGUUUUGUUGGAGGAUCAUGAUCCAGUAUGGCUUGAGCUGCGGCAUGCGCAUAUAGCUGAUGCUAAUGAAAGGCUGUAUGAAAAGAUGACCAGUUUUGUAUCAAAGAAUAAAGCAGCUCAACUACAACAGGCAAGAUCUGGUGGAGAGUUAUCUACCAAGCAGUUGCAGAAAAUGGUUCAAGCUCUUCCACAAUAUAGUGAUCAAAUUGACAAGCUCACCCUUCAUGUUGAGAUUGCAGGAAAGCUUAAUAAUAUAAUCAAAGAACAACACCUUAAAGAUGUUGGACAGCUAGAGCAAGAUCUUGUGUUUGGUGAUGCUGGGACAAAAGAACUAAUCAGUUUCUUACGAACCCGCAUGGAUGUAAGUCGUGAAAAUAAGUUGCGUUUGCUGAUGAUUUAUGCUUCCAUCAACCCAGAGAAGUUUUUUGAAAGUGAUAAAGGUGCAAAGCUGAUGCAGCUUGCAGGAUUAUCUGCUGAUGACAUGAUUGUAGUAAAUAAUAUGCGCUGCUUACGUGGACCUGAUACUAAAAAGUCUUCAGUUGGGGCCUUUACUUUGAAAUUUGAUCUUCAGAAGAAAAAGCCUGGUAUCAGAAAGGAGCGGGUUGGGGAAGAGUCAACUUGGAUGCUAUCUCGAUUUUAUCCCAUCCUGGAGGACUUGAUUGAGAAACUUAGUAAGGGUGAGCUACCGAAGGAUGAGUACCACUGCAUGAAUGACCCUAGUCCUAGUUUCCGUGGAAUUCCAGGAAGCACAUCUGCUCGAACAAGCCCAGCUCAUCAGCCAGCCCAAUCCAUGAGAUCUAGACGAAUAGGUGGCACAUGGGCUAGACCUCGGAACUCUGAUGAUGGUUAUUCGAGUGACUCUGUACUGAAGCAUGCAUCAAGUGACCUUAGAAAGUUGGGCCCGCGCUUAUUUAUCUUUGUAAUUGGGGGUGCUACUCGGUCUGAGUUGCGUGUUGCCCACAAGCUGUCAAGCAAACUGAAGAGAGAAAUUAUCCUUGGCUCCUCUAGUCUUGAUGACCCACCGCAGUUCAUCACUAAAUUGAAGAUGUUAUCAACCGAGGAGCUGUCGCUGGAUGAUUUGCAAAUAUAAUAAUGUCAAGUACAAUGGCCUUACAUUCUCCACUGUAAUUAUUUACUUGCAUCACUACAACGGGUUUAGUUGUACUCCCUUAACCUUGUAUCGAGCCACAGGCUCUCUUACACAGGCUAGAGGGGCAUGAUAUUUAUUCGGCCACCGUCAGAUACUAACCAUCCAGUGUACAUACAUGACAGCGACCAGAGACUGUAACAUAGGUGGCAACUUUAUUAGAUUGGUGGAUCAGCGAAAUUCAAUGUCCAGAGGACUUCAAUUUUUGUCCUCAGAUUGCUGUUAUUUUGCGGGGAAAAUAGAUCUAUGUAUAUUUUUAACUCAAACCGGAAUUCAUGUCUAAUAUAAGAGCAAAGAAAGCACAA